AUGAGACAUCUCAACCCAGAGACUCCUUCUCUUGAUCCAUCAACAGAAGAGUCUGGCAAACAAUCUCCUGCCUCUGCUUCAGUCAUCACCAAAAACAACGAAUCUCAGCUCGCAGAGAAAAUAACUUCCAAAUCAUUCAAUUAUGUGAACAUUGAAAUGAUCGACAAGGAAUUGACAUGUCCCAUCUGUUUCCUUCCUUUCUAUGAUCCUGUGGUUCAUUCAUUGUGUCAAAAUACCUUUUGUCGUGAUUGUGUGAGUUCUCUUCAGAAAUGUCCAAUUUGCAGUGAAGGUGAAUUCAUGUCCGAAAAAGUGUCAGUUGCCAAAAUUGUUCGAAAUCAAUUGGACAAGUUGCAAGUUUUUUGUUCCAUGUGUAAGAAUGCUGUGAAUCGAGGAGAAUUGAAAGAUCAUCAAGAAAAGUACUGUCCUCUUCAUGAUGCAUAUGCACAAGUGGAACAAUUGAAACGCGACUUGCAACAACAAUUUGAAGAGAAAGUUGUCAAGUUGGAACUUGAAUUUCAUGAUCGAACUCAACAAUUGGAACACAAUCUUCUCGAGAAGGAUGAACAACAAAAGAAGGAAAAUUCUCUCUAUUUAGAAGAAGAAAAGAACAAACUAGUUCAAGAAAAGAAUGAAAUGUUGAAACAAACUGACCAAAUGAAACAACAAUUGGCAUUGGAACGAAAAGAAUUACAAGAAGAAAAACUCUCUCGUUACAAAUUUGAAUACUCAAACAAACCCAUUCACUUGAACGUUGGAGGAAGUGUUUUGACAGUUUCAUUGGGACAUUUUCUCCGCAAUGAACGUGAACCUGAAAAUGUGUUUGAGAAAAUGUUCACUGGAGAAUUUCCAUUGUAUGAAACUCCAUGUACUACGUUUACAGAUAAGGUAUUCUUUGUGGACUGCUCUCCAGCAAUCUUUGAAGAAAUUUAUCAUUGGUUGAAAUUUGGAACGAUUGGAAUGAGUAAGAAUAACGAAAUUCUCAAAGAAAAUGUCAUGAAACAAGCCAAGAUGUUUCGUCUCGUUAAUUUAGUGAAAGAAUUGGAAAUGUUGGAAGAGGAGAAUGGUUCUUCAUCAACCACAAAGAAACUGAAAGUGUCACAAAGUGAAUUCACGAGCAUGGUUAAAAAAUCAAAAUCUCUGAAAACUCCAUUGAGCUUGUCUGGAAUGGAUUUGAGAAAUCUGGUUCUUCAAAAUAUCAAUUUAGCCAAUUCUGAAAUUGUUUCAUCCAACUUUAGCAGAAUGAAUUUGAAAGAUCUCAAACUCAACAAUUCUAUUUUGAAUGGUUGUAAUUUUUCUGGAUGUGAUUUGACCAAUGUGGACUUUUCUUGUUGUGAUUUAAGAAUGUCGAAUUUUUGUGGAGCCCAAUUGUGUUCGACCAAUUUCACCAAUGCCAACCUUCAAGGUUGUUUGUUUGACAGAGAAACAGCCUUCGUUUCAACGAAAUUGGAAGGAGCUGAUUUAUCUAACACUUCUCUCAAAGGUGUGAAAUUCGAGGACUAUUCCUUUAUAUCAAUGAUUUUUGCUCAUUGGGACUUGACACAAGUGGAGAUGAAGAAGUGUAUCUUUGAUGGAUGUAAUUUUGAUAACACCAAAUUGUUCAAGUCUUCAUUCAUAGCAAGCACAUUCCGAAAUAUUGACUUUAAGAAUGUCAUUUCGAAUGGUGACGUUUCAUUCGCAUCAUGUCUAAUGGAGAAGUGUAAUUUUCAAAGUCAUUCCAACGCCCUCUUUCAACACACCAAUUGUUGUGGAACAUUGUUCACAAAUUGCUCGUUUAAUAACGUGGACUUGAGAACAGUUUUACUGGACAAUGGUACACGUACCACACAAUGCACCAUGCAACAAGUGAAUUUAUCAGGGAGAAGUGAUGUGAAGUGCUUUAUUGAAGGAGGAAAUUCAUUCACAAAUUGUAAUUUUUCUUCAUGCCAUUUUAAUGAUUGUGAAAUGGAUCACACAACUAUUUUCAGUGCAUGUGAUUUGUCAGGAGUGAAUUUUGACAACACACAGUUGAGAAGACUGAAUUUCAUGAACAGCAAUUUUUCUUCAGCGUCGUUUAAAAACGCAAAUUUACAAGAAUGUAAUUUACAAGGAUGUACUAUGAAAGGAUGUAAUUUACAAGAUUGUGUUAUGAAAGGAUCGAAUUUACAGAAUGCCGUAAUUGAAAAUUGUGAUCUCAAUAGAUGUGACAUGAAAGACUGUAAUAUGAAGGGUUUGAUUAUUUCAAAAUGUCAGCCGGAGAAUGUCUUUCAUACAAGCACACUAUUGAAUUCGACAUCUGCUUUCUUGAUAUCACAUAGCCUCAAAUUGAAAAACGGAGACAAAGGACGUCUUUUAUAUCGUGGAAGUAGAGAUGGAUUCACUUCACAUGCAUUUCAUUCCAAAUGUGAUUCAAAAUCACCAACUCUCACAAUUAUCAAAUCAGCAGAACAUAAUCAAAUCUUUGGAGGUUUUACCACACAAACAUGGAAUGACAAUCAGUGGAAACGAGAUACCGAAGCAUUUAUUUUCAAAUAUCAUGAUUCCACAUGUACUUUUGAGAUUUUACCUGUCACAAAAUCUGAUAAUGCUAUUUAUACCUAUUCCUCUUACCUUGCAUAUUUUGGAGGUUCUGAUAUUUUUAUUGCAGAAAAGUGUAAUGAAAAUACAUAUAGUAAUAGCGAUUUAGGACACAGUUACAGCAUUCCUGCAUCAUUGAAAAAACAAAACUUGAAAUAUGGAGAUGCCCAAGUACGAUCUUAUUUAGCAGGAUCUUACCAAUUCCGUGUCUCUGAAAUUGAAGUAUACCAAGUGUAA